AUGCGCUUACCGCCGCCAUUAUCGUUAUUUCUACAUGGACUCUCUUUGUCUGUACUUUUAAUAGAUGUAGUUAUAGGUACGUCGUCAGCCUUUUUAUUCUUGAAACCCCUUGUUGGUUGGUUGGCGGCAACGUCCUGACGAGAUCCCCUCCCGCAGGACACUCGCAGCACCGGAACCCGGUGUCGUACAUAACUUUUAUUGAGGACCCUCAGAUAAUUACUCCCGGCAAGCGAAUACACUCGGGCUCGUCGUUCGACCUGACAUUCACAUUGCACAAGGGGCAGCAACGGGUCAAGUUCGCGCUCGAGCCGAACCACGAGAUAUUGCCCGACGAUGCCAGGGUCGAGUACCUGGAUGUGGAUGGGAAUGUCAGGCACUCGGAGCUGAUUGUCCGACACCACAUAAAGGUUUACCGGGGGACUGCUUGGUUGAGGAACGAGCGUAAGGGUGAGUGGGUUCAUGCUGGAUGGGCUAGCGUUGUCUUCACGAGGGAUGGGGAGGAUCCGCUGUUUGAGGGGGCCUUCACUCUGCUGCACGACGCUCACCACAUCCAAUUCCGAUCUACUUAUAGGAGGACUAGGCAUGCAUUGGAUCCGGAUGUUGAACCGGAAGGAAGGGAGGGGAUGGUUGUUUUCCGGGAUUCUGAUGUUAUGGAUAGGGAUUUUUACGACCAGCCUCUCGUGGGGAGAGGGGUCGAGGAGCGGAAUGACGACGGUGACGAUGACGACGCUGGGGUCAUGUGUCCGGCCGAUAGAUUGGAAUUUAAUGUUCAGCCGGAGCACUUGGUGAAUAGGAUGAUUCUGGAGCCAGAAUUGCCCAAGGGGCGACUGUGGGCGGGUAUCGGGUUGGAAGACCUAUUCCAGGGUGGACUGAAGAGGAGGCAAAAUCUGGACGGAAAUGAUGGCUUUACCGGUGGCACGGGGAAUUCUGCUGGUGUGAACUUGCGUGGUACAAUUGGGAACACGGAUGGUUGUCCGAACACUAGGUUGGUUGCGUUGGUUGGCGUUGCCACUGACUGCACUUAUACCGCCGACUUUGAGGGCGACCAGGAGAAGGCCAGGUCGAACAUCAUCACACAGAUCAACGCAGCCUCCAACCUUUUCGAGAAAACCUUCAACAUUACGCUCGGCCUUUCCACGCUCGUUAUCAGCGAUGCGAAUUGUCCGGGGACUCCCCCAGCGACCGCAAAGUGGAACAUUCCGUGCUCGUCCGGUAAUUCGAGUAUCGAGAAUCGACUGAAUCUUUUCUCCGAGUGGAGGGGUACCCGGUCGAAUGACUCGAACGCUUUGUGGACCUUGAUGACCACUUGUGAGACCGGGUCCGCCGUUGGGCUCGCCUGGUUGGGCAUGCUGUGUCAGAAGGACACCAUUACCCAAGCGGGACAGUUCGUCACCGGGGCCAAUGUUAUUGCCAGGACUUCGUCCGAGUGGAAGGUUAUUGCUCAUGAAAUUGCCCAUACCAUGGGUGCCGUGCAUGAUUGCACGUCCUCCACAUGUGUGGGAAAUACUGCUUCCGCAUCCAUGUGCUGUCCGCUCUCCUCGGAGACCUGUGAUGCUGCUGGGAGGUUUAUGAUGAAUCCGACCACCACCGAUACAAUCUCGAGUUUUAGUCCGUAGGUUUUUUGUUGUUGAUGCUUGGUUCGAGUGAUGCGUGCUGACUGGCUUAGGUGCACUGUCGGGAAUGUCUGUUCAGCGUUUAAAAGGAAGAGCGUUGAUAUGUCCUGCUUGACAUCCAACAGGGACGUUAGCGUUAUCACGAAAAAUGAGUGUGGUAAUGGUAUCGUGGAACCCGGCGAGGACUGUGACUGCGGUGGAACGGAGGGCUGCGGAACCAACUCCUGCUGCGAGCCUACCACCUGCAAGUUCAAGGCUAAUGCGGUCUGCGAGUAUGUUACCGGUCACAUUCAGCGAGCGGGCUGUGCUAAUGAUACCGUUACAGUGAUGCGAAUGAGGAUUGCUGCACGGGCUGCCAGUUUUCGUCAAAGGACAGGGUUUGCCGAUCUAGCAAUGGCCCCUGCGAUCCCGAGGAAAGGUGCACGGGAAGGAAUGCUACCUGCCCUGCAGACGUCGUUUCGAAGAAUGGUACGUCACGAGACUCCCGCCCAGUGAAGCCAAUCCGUCCCAUCUAACCACACUUACCACCGCAGGCGAUUCCUGUGGCAACGGACUGAAGUGCGCGAGCGGGCAGUGCACAUCCCGAGACCAGCAAUGCAAGACGGUUAUGGGGCUUCGCGGCAAUAGUACACAUUCAUGCUACGAUUCGGAUUGCCAGCUGACUUGCGCAUCCCCGGAGUUUGGCCCGGGAACCUGCUUCCGCAUGCAACAGAACUUCCUCGACGGAACGCCAUGUAACGGUGAUGGGAUGUGUAAGGCCGGAGUAUGCAAUGGCGCGACAACGCUUGGUCAAGUUAAAAGCUGGAUCAAUAAGGUACCCCCCCCCCUUCCCUCACUGAGCCGAAGCUAAUAGGUGUAGAAUAAAAACAUCGUAAUAGGCGUAUCGGUCGGCAUCGGCGCCCUGGUAAUAUUUUCCCUCCUCUCCUGCAUAUGGAGUUGCUGCCGACGCAGGCGAGCACGCAAAGCCACACCGAAGAGUCCACCACGCCUAUCCAUGAGCGGGUACCAACCACACGACCGAAGAUGGCACAGACACCGUGACGCGGACCCGGACGUGUACCCCAUGCCCCCGCCACUGUCGCAUGGGUCUCAGAAUAUGAGGAGUCCACCUGCCUACGGCAAUACGGGCUUCCCGCCCGUUGCACGGUCGGAGCGGUAUGCUUGAGGUGAAGUAAAGCGUGAUUCAUUGCCUACUUGUACAUGAUAAUGAUACGAUGAUUGAUUGUUUUUUG